CCGUAUUCUGUUCUGUCAAAGCCACUGACAGUGAUUGAGUGACAACGCAACGUUAUGUGGUGGUGUUUUUAAGUUUUCAACAUUUUUGGUCUUUGAAAAAAAAUUGUUGCGUGGAGUUUUUCGGCCCUAGCUCUCACAAUGAUUAUGCAAAAUGAAUAUGUUUCCAGAGCUGAAGAUGUUGCGGAUCAGGUACAAAGAAAACUCAAACACAUUUUACCAACCCUAGCCCGUUUAUGUCUAAUAUCCACAUUCUUCGAAGACGGUAUCCGUAUGUGGGUGCAAUGGAACGAACAAAGAGAAUAUAUGAACAUGUCGUGGGGCUGUGGGCAAUUUUUGGCCACAGUUUUCGUAUUAAUUAAUUUAGUUUUCCAAUUAGGAGGGUGUGUUAUGGUUAUAGUUAGGUACAGGGUGCCAAUUGCCUGCGGCGUGUUGUUCUUUGUUGUUAUUUUACAGACGUUAGCCUACAGUAUUUUAUGGGAUUUACAAUUUUUAUUCAGAAAUUUGGCCCUAAUUGGAGCCUUGUUGCUCGUUUUGGCAGAAAGUCAAGACAAAGCUAAAAGUCUGUUUGCAGGUGUUCCAUCUAUGGAUGAUAACAGACCGAAAAAUUAUUUGCAACUUACCGGCAGGAUACUUUUGGCUUUUAUGUUUAUCACGCUGAUAAGAUUCGAAUUCAGUUUCUUACAGAUUCUUCUAGACUUACUGGGUUCAGCACUCAUGGUCCUAGUUACCAUAGGUUACAAAACCAAAUUGUCAGCAUUAAUUUUAGUUUUGCUUUUGACGACGCUGAACUUUUACCACAACGCGUGGUGGAACAUUCCCGAUUAUAAACCGUUGAGGGACUUUUUGAAAUAUGAUUUCUUCCAGACAUUGUCAGUGAUAGGAGGACUUCUUAUGAUCGUGUACUUAGGGCCUGGCGGUGUAUCAAUGGACGAACACAAGAAAAAAUGGUAAAAUGACUCUAAAAUUUAAGGUUUAUUGAAGUAACGAAAAACAUUGGGACUCAACAAAAAAAGUCCUUUGUGAUGGAUGAACAUGAACAUUAAUAAGUGGUUUUUUAAUUUUUUAUAUUAGGAAAUGGUUAAAUGAGAUAUUUUAUCAACAAAAAUGAUUUAAGUUAAAAAUUUAUCAGUUUUGUUCGUGAAAUCCUGCGAAAUAUUCAAGUUGGUUCUUUAAUGUUUUCAAAACUCAUUAGGGCAACUAGCUAAAUAUUUGCAUGAUUAAAUGCCACUGUUUCCUGGAAAAAAUAUGACUGUAUCAAUGUACUUUAUUAUUCAUCUUUCAAUUUGUUUCUAUAAUGCAAUGUAAUUUUUUAUAGUAUAUAAUAGUUAUUAGGGGUAAUUAGUGUUAAUGGUUUUAGUGUUUUUACACGCACUUACUAUCCUAAACACUAAAACUAUCAAAGUUUAUUUAUGCAAAUGUGUUAUUUAUAUUUUUCAACUUUAUUUUGUAUGUAUAUAUUUUAUUUUUUAGGUUAAAACCCUUAUGUUGACAUGAAAAAGUUUAUUAUUAUUAACUAAUUUUUCCCUUGAACAAUUUCUGACAUUUUGUGAAACGCUCAAAAUAUUUAUCUUCCAUACCUAGUUUUUUUUUGAAUGAUGUGAA